AAUGUCCGCAUUGACCGUCUCUCACCCUAUUCAAACGAACCACCAACAACCCAAACCCAUCAGCAAAAACCACAAUUUCGGGUUUUCCCCCAAAACCCCUUCAUCAAUUCCAAAAUCCACAUCAGAUUCACGCUCAUGGGUCGAACAACUUCGAUCUCACACUCGCUCCGGCAACUUCCAAGAAGCCAUUUUGUCCUACAUCAACAUGACAACCGCCGGUUACCGGCCCGACAACUUCGCUUUCCCGGCAGUUUUAAAAGCAGUUACAGAAAUUCAGGAGUUGAAUUUGGGUGAACAGGUCCAUGGUGCUGUAGUUAAACUUGGGUACGACGCAUCUUCAGUGACGGUUGCGAAUACACUGCUGAAUAUGUAUGGGAAAUGUGGGGGUUUGAGUGACGUCCUCAAGGUGUUCGAUAGAAUUACUGAAAGAGAUAAAGUGUCAUGGAACACUUUGAUAGCUUCAUUAUGUAGGUUGGAGGAAUGGGAGCUUGCGUUGGAUAUGUUUAGGGGAAUGCAGUUUGAGGGAGUUGAACCGAAUUCGUUUACUUUGGUGAGCAUGGCACUUGCUUGUUCGAAUUUGGAAAAUCGUCGUGGUGUCAUGCUUGGGAAGCAAGUUCAUGCUUACAAUUUGAGGGUUGGGGAGAGUAUGGCUUUUACAAACAAUUCUUUGAUGUCUAUGUAUGCAAAACUUGGAAGGAUUGAAGAUUCAGUAUCACUAUUUGAGAUGUUUGAUGGAAAAAAUAUGGUUUCUUGGAACACCAUGAUAAGCUCACUCUCACAGAAAGAUCGGUUUGAGGAUGCUAUGGCCGUCUUCCAACUCAUGAUUCUUGAAGGGAUGAAGCCUGAUGGAGUCACAAUUUCAAGUGUUCUUCCUGCUUGCUCCCAUUUGGAGUUAUUAAAUCAUGGGAAGGAAAUUCAUGCUUUUGCAAUACGAAACAGUGAUUUGAUCAAAAAUUCAUAUGUGUGUAGUGCUUUAGUUGACAUGUACUGCAAUUGCCGAGAAGUUGCCAUUGGUCGUAGAGUUUUUAAUGGUGUUGUAAACACGAGUCUUGCAAAUUGGAAUGCUAUGCUUGCUGGUUAUACUCAAAAUGGUUUUUACGAUCAAGCGUUAAUGCUUUUCCUGGAAAUGAUGGAGUUUUCAGGACUUUUUCCUAACCCUACAACAAUGGCGAGCGUAUUACCAGCUUCCGUGCACUGUGAAGCUUUUCGUGACAAAGAAGGCAUGCAUGGGUACGUUGUGAAAUUGGGGUUUGCAGGAGAUGGUUAUGUGCGAAACGCUCUAAUGGACUUGUACUGUAGGAUGGGGAAGAUUGAUAUUGCAAGAAACAUAUUUGACAGCAUGGAGAUUAAAGAUCCAGUUUCUUGGAACACAAUGAUCACUGGAUAUGUGGUUUCUGGAUGUCAUGAACACGCCUUAGAUCUGCUUCACAAGAUGAAACAAAGAGAUGAAACAGACGAUCAAAUUGAUGUCAAAAAGAUUACGUGUAAACCAAAUUCAAUAACACUAAUGACAGUUCUUCCAGGUUGUGCAGCCUUAGCAGCUCUAGCAAAAGGGAAAGAAAUCCAUGCUUAUGCUGUUAGAAAUCUAUUAGCAUCAGAUGUUGCUGUAGGAAGUGCACUAACCGAUAUGUACGCAAAAUGCGGCUGCUUAAACUUAGCCAGAAGGGUGUUCGAUUCGAUGCCCAUUAGAAACGUGAUCACGUGGAACGUUAUGUUCAUGGCUUACGGUAUGCACGGAAAAGGAGAUAUAGCUCUAUCGCUUCUCGAAAGCAUGGUGGCCGAAGUCAAGCCCAACGUGGUGACCUUCAUUUCACUUUUUGCAGCAUGUAGCCAUUCAGGAAUGGUAGAUGAAGGCCGAAACUUGUUCCAUAGAAUGAAAGACGAAUAUGGGGUUGACCCAACCGAAGAUCACUAUGGAUGUGUGGUUGAUUUGCUUGGUCGAGCUGGUCAGUUAGCCGAAGCCCACAAGCUCAUUAACAGCAUGCCUCCAUUGUUCAACAAAGUGGGUGCUUGGAGUAGCUUACUUGGUGCUUGCUGGAUUCAUCAAAAUGUGGAACUAGGAGAGAUUGCAGCCCACAAUCUACUCCUAUUGGAACCAGAUGUAGCUAGCCACUAUGUUCUCCUCUCCAACAUCUACUCAUCUGUGGGAUUGUGGGAGGAAGCAACCAAAGUGAGGAAGAAUAUGAUCAGAAAUGGAGUAAAGAAAGAACCGGGCUGCAGUUGGAUCGAGCUUAAUGAUGAAGUUCAUAAAUUUGUAGCUGGGGAUUCAUCACACCCACAAAGCAAGCAAAUCCAGGGCUAUCUUGAAACCUUAUUGGAGAGAUUGAAACAGGAAGGUUACGUGCCCGAUACAUCAUGCGUUCUUCACAACGUAAACGAGGAGGAAAAGGAGAAUCUGUUAUGUGGCCACAGUGAACGGUUGGCAAUAGCAUUUGGGUUACUGAACACGCCACCUGGAGUUCCGAUUCGAGUUGCUAAAAACCUUAGAGUUUGCAACGAUUGCCAUUCUGCAACCAAGUUCAUUUCUAGGGUCGUGGAGAGGGAGAUCAUCGUAAGGGAUGUGCGAAGAUUUCAUUAUUUCAAAGAUGGGAAGUGUUCAUGUGGAGAUUACUGGUGAAAUCAAGAUUCAAAACGAAAUGUUGGUUUAAUUACAAAUUUACAAUAGAAAAUUGUUUAUAUUGAUCAAGGAGUACAACACAUUGCUGUAAGUUUUUGCAACUUGUCUGCAUUUGCACUUGAUGCAUUGGAGAUAGAUCUUGAUUGGUUGGUUGAUUGGGUC